AUGGACACUCGCGUCCAAGAUUACCUAGACGACCAACUGCAGACAUCAGCGGACCUCGACAACCUCGACAACCUCCUCGCCAACGUCAAGACCCAGCAGGACCUACUCAAGCAACAACUCGACGAUGCGCGGCGCGACCACCAAGACGCUCAGCGCAGAGCCAACGAACAGGAUGGCUCCCUCCGGCAGAAGAUCGAGACCUUCCAGAAGGAUCAGAGUAGCAUCGACCGCAGACUGCUCAUCGUAACGCAAUCCGAGACUAGCGAUGAAGCGGUCGAGAAGUUUGAGGCCAGUAUGGAGAAGCUGCGAAAGCUCGAUGUCGCGGCUGGGUAUGUGGAGCUGUUGAAGGAAGUCGAGCACCUCAAGGCGGAGUGUGUCGCGCAGCUGGGAAAGAGCGAUGAAGCGGCACUGGGGCCGUAUAAGAGACUACAGCGUCUGGUGGCAGGCCUACAACCGCUGCAGGAGGCGGCGGAAGGUGCGGCGCCGCAUUUGUUGGAUCACAUUGUGCGGCAGGUACAGGAGCUGAGGCAUACGAUCAAGAGCUCGUUCUCAGCGGAUCUGGAGAAGACGCUGGGAAAGAUAAAUUGGCCGAAGGCUUCGGAGACGGUGCCUUUGGCGUUGCAGCAGGAGUGGGAGAGAAAUUUUGGAAGACUACUCAAUUUACAGCGGCAGGAGUUGGAUGAGCGCGAGAACAGUGCGGGACAACAGCCUCCUGAUACUGAGCCGCCUGCUCUGUUCCCUCUGGAGGCCAUGGUACACCCGCUGGAACAGCGAUUCAUAUACCACUUCUCCGGCAACAAGCCUACCAACCGGCUGGACAAGCCGGAGUACUUCCUCUCGCAUACCACAGAUCUGAUCAACACAUACUCCAGCUUCCUCGACAACGCCGUCCAGCCUCUACUAGUCCAGCACUUCCGCGGCUCCGACCUCGCAUUCACACCCGCAUACAUCGACGCCACCUCCGCCUUCAUCACCGCCCUCCUUCCCAUGCUUAAGCGCAAACUCCCCAGCUUCGCCACCCAAGUCUCCAAACAGCCCCAGCUCCUCAGCCACCUCAUGCACGAAGUCCUCUCCUUCGACACCACCCUGGAAGAAACCUUCGCCUACACCCCAUCCUCCCCCUCCACCCCCUGGCGCGGCCUCGCCUACUUCCUCCUCGACCAAAGCGGCUACUUCGACCCCUGGCUCGCCGUCGAGCGCGACUUCGCCCUCGCCCGCUACCGCUCCAUCAUCGACGACCCGGCCGCGCACGAACUCGACUACGACUCCGUCCCCUCCGACGCCACCAAACCGACCAAAGCCGCCCUGCGCGUCAACGACCUCGUCGACACCAUCACGGAUCGCUAUCGCACGUUGUCGAGUUUCAGCCAGAAGCUGCGGUUCUUGAUCGAUAUCCAGAUCGCCAUCUUCGACCAGUUCUACGAGCGGCUGCGGUCUAGUAUGGAAGCGUUCGUCGUCACCACCUCUUCCAUUGGUAGGAGAAUGCAGGGCGUAUCCAAAACAGACCAGACGGAACUCCAAGGCGUCAAAGGGCUGGACCAUCUCUGCCGCAUCUUCGGCUCCGCCGACUACCUGGAACACGCCAUGCGGGAUUGGAGCGACGACGUCUUCUUCCUCGAACUCUGGGACGAACUACAAGAUCGCGUCAAGAAUCGCAAGCAAGUCAGCAGGAACUUAGGCGCGCUGCAGGAUAUCAAAGACAAAACCAGCGCAGCCGUCGGCGGGGACGAAAGCGAUGGCGGACUGCAAGGUGCGCUGUUCGACGAGACGGCUGCUUCGUAUAAGAAAGUCCGCGUCAAGACCGAGAGCAUCAUCGUGGACACCUUGACCUACAAUAUCCGCGAAGCGCUCCGCCCAUACACUCGAAUAAGCACCUGGGCCUCCCUCUCCGCCACCACAGCCGGGGGCGCCAUUUCCGCCGACCUCGAGCCCGCGCUGCGUCUGCUAGCCGAAUAUCUCGGUUUCCUAAGCAGAGCGCUCGGCAAGCUACCCCUGAGACGAGUAAGCAGACAGCUCUGCCAUGCCAUCCAAAGCUACAUCUGGGACAACGUCGUCAUGCGACAGAUGUUCUCCACCCCCGGCACGACGCAACUUUCCACCGACAUGACGGCGCUGUGUGCGCAGAUCGAUCGGUUCGUCGGACGAGGCCAGGCGCGGAUGGGGUUGCGGAGGCUGCUUGAGGGCGUUACGUUGAUCAGUUUACCGAUCCGGGGGGAGAUUGUAAGGGAGAAAGCGGGCCGGUCGGGGGAAGAGGAUAAUGAUGAGGACGCGGCGUGGGCUGAUGGGGACGGGGAGGAAGGGGAGAAGAAGAUGGGGCUGUUUGAGGUGGAGCGGUUGGUUUUUGUGGAUAAUGAGAGUGCGCGGUUUGCGCUCGGGGAGUUGGGGCUGGAGGUUCUGACGGAGGGGGAGGCGAGAGGGGUGUUGGAGAGGAGGGUGGAGGUGGGGAGUUAG